UAAACACACACCCGUCAGUCCAGGAUGGCUUCAGCGUCAGUGAAGGUGGCUGUACGAGUGCGACCUUUCAACUCCCGAGAAACCAAUCGGGAUGCCAAGUGUGUGAUCCAGAUGCAAGGCAACUCCACUUGCAUUACUAACCCUAAGCAGCCCAAAGAUGCACCCAAGACUUUCACCUUUGACUAUUCCUACUGGUCACACACCACGGCAGAAGACCCAGACUUUGCCUCCCAACAACGUGUCUACAAGGAUAUCGGUGAGGAGAUGCUACUGCACGCAUUUGAAGGCUACAAUGUCUGCAUCUUUGCAUAUGGCCAGACCGGUGCAGGAAAAUCCUACACUAUGAUGGGACGGCAGGAGCCCAACCAGCAGGGUAUCAUCCCACAGCUCUGUGAAGAUUUGUUUAAAAGGAUCACAGACAACAAGGACCCUGAAUUGUCCCAUUCUGUGGAGGUUUCCUACAUGGAGAUUUACUGUGAACGGGUGCGAGACCUUUUGAAUCCCAAGAGUCGCGGCAACUUGCGUGUGCGUGAGCACCCCAUCAUGGGCCCAUAUGUCGAAGAUUUGUCCAAGCUGGCAGUCACCUCAUUCUGUGACAUUGCGGACCUCAUGGACUCUGGCAACAAGGCCAGGACAGUGGCAGCCACGAACAUGAAUGAGACCAGCAGCCGCUCCCACGCUGUCUUCACCAUUGUGUUCACACAGAAGCGGCAUGACAGUAUGACCACCCUGGAUACUGAGAAGGUUAGCAAGAUCAGCUUGGUGGAUUUAGCUGGAAGUGAAAGGGCAGAUUCUUCAGGGGCAAAGGGCAUGAGGUUAAAGGAAGGUGCCAACAUUAACAAAUCUUUGACUACUUUAGGCAAGGUGAUCUCCGCCCUGGCAGAGAUGCAAUCCACCAAAAAGAAGAAAUCUGACUUUAUUCCCUACCGAGACUCUGUGUUGACUUGGCUUCUCAAAGAGAAUCUUGGCGGAAACUCGCGCACGGCAAUGAUCGCGGCUCUCAGCCCUGCGGACAUCAACUAUGAAGAGACCCUCAGUACUCUCAGGUACGCUGACCGCGCCAAGCAGAUCCGCUGCAAUGCAAUUAUCAACGAGGACCCGAAUGCUCGACUAAUCCGCGAACUAAAGGAGGAGGUAAACCGGCUGAGAGAGCUGCUUUUCUCCCAGGGGCUGUCCACCUCCUUGUUGCCUUCUACUACCAGUGUAGCUGCAGAAGUGAAUAAUAACACAUCUACCAUUGGCCCUGUUGCCCCUGAGCUACAGCACAGCAUGAAUUCUGAGAUGAACCCAGCUGAAUCCAUACCUUCUGACAUGGCUGACAACUACUCAAGUUUGGAAGAACAAGUCUUCACAAAGGAGGAAGCCAUUGAUCGUCUGAAGGAAACUGAAAAGAUUAUUGCAGAGCUAAAUGAGACCUGGGAGGAGAAGCUGAGAAAAACCGAGGCCAUCCGCAUGGACAGGGAGUCGCUUCUUGCUGAGAUGGGAGUUGCCAUUAGAGAAGAUGGUGGGACAGUGGGAGUCUUCUCUCCAAAAGGGACUCCCCACCUGGUGAACUUGAAUGAAGAUCCUCUGAUGUCGGAGUGUCUGCUGUACUACAUCAAGGAGGGUAUAACAAGGGUGGGGCAGGAAGAUGUAGACAUUCGACUCAGUGGCCAGUUCAUUGAGAAGCAACACUGUGUGUUCCAUAGCCAGACUAAUGACAAUGGAGAAGUGGUAGUGACACUGGAGCCACUAGAAGGAGCUGAGACAUAUGUGAAUGGAAAGCAGAUUACAGAGCCCAUCGUCCUAAAACAAGGAAACCGCAUUGUGAUGGGCAAGAAUCACGUGUUCCGCUUCAAUCAUCCUGAGCAGGCCCGUCAGGUCAGGGAAAGGAAUGCCACUUUGGAGCAGCAAGGGGAGCAGGUUGACUGGAACUUUGCCCAAAAGGAGCUUCUGGAGAAGCAGGGAAUUGAUAUCAAACUGGAGAUGGAGAAGAGACUGCAAGAUUUGGAGAGCCAGUACAGGAGGGAAAAGGAAGAGGCAGAUCUUCUUCUGGAGCAGCAGAGACUGUAUGCAGAUUCUGACAGCGGUGACGAUUCAGAUAAGCGAUCCUGUGAAGAGAGCUGGCGUCUGAUCUCUUCUCUACGUGAGAAGCUUCCUGCUAAUAAGGUGCAGAGUAUCGUAAAGAAAUGUGGACUGCCCAGCAGUGGCAAGAAGAGAGAACCAUUACGAGUCUACCAGAUCCCCCAGCGACGUCGUAUUAGCAAAGAUCCCAAAUGGGUGACUCUAGCCGACCUCAAGAUGCAGGCAGUCAAAGAGAUCUGCUAUGAAGUAGCUCUUAAUGACUUCCGUCAUUCACGACAGGAGAUCGAAGCCCUCUCAAUUGUGAAGAUGAAGGAGUUGUGCCGCAUGUAUGCCAAAAAAGACCCACAGGAGAAGGACACUUGGCGUGUGGUGGCACGUGAUGUGUGGGAUACAGUGGGAAUUGGAGAGGAGAGAGCAGUUGGGGAAGAUGGAGAAGCAGGAAAAGCAGAUGUGAAUAAUCUCAAAGCUCAUAUUGACAAACUAACUGACAUCCUGCAGGAAGUGAAGCUACAGAAUAACAUGAAAGAUGAGGAAAUCAAGGCCCUGAGAGACAGGAUGAUUAAGAUGGAGCAGGUCAUCCCAUCAAUUAGUGGGCAGGAUGAGGCAUCUAUAGAUGACAUGGCUAACAGCGAUGAUAAUCAUAACAGUAGUGCUGACCGGAGUUUAUCCCCUGUGUUCAAGAAAAUGGCUUUAAACGACUAUAUGAUGGAAGACACUGAAGGAAAUGGCCAGCAGAGUAGCUUAGAAAAUGAUGGCUUCUUGGAGGACCUUUCCAAUCAGGAGCGUGUCACCAAACUUAUGGAAGAGGACCCUGCCUUCCGUCGUGGUCGGUUACGCUGGCUCAAACAGCAGCAAUCCCGCAUCCAGAACUUGCAGCAACAGCAAAUUGCUAAGCAGUUGCGCAAGAGAGUCCAUGUUGGUCCAGGGAAAUUCAUUCCCCCUCUGGACUGCAAGUUGCGUUUCCCCUUCAAGAGCAAUCCACAGCAUCGCAAUUCAUGGGGUCCUAAUUCAGGCUUCAUGCUUAUGGGAGACUAUAUGGCUACACCAAGGCCUAAUAGCGAGCCUUCUCCUUCAGUACUGGGUGACGAGAGUGGCAAUGAAGCCCAACUGAUGGAACUGAUUCCUGGUCUUAGACCAGAAAUGGAAUUUACUGUGGGAGCAGUAAGUGCACCCAGCCCAAUACCACAGAGAAUACAGAUGUUGCCCGAUAAGCUGACAAUGCAAGGGGGCAACCCUAGAAUACGGACUCCUAGCCCUCACAGAGUGUGGCAUGGAUUUGGAGGAGCUGCACAUCAGCCAGCUCAGCAGCAAAAACGCCACCGCCCACCACAUCAACAGUAUGACAACCUGAAUAACCACAAUGUCCAUUACCAACAGCAACUCUACCGUAGAAAUUCCUUUGACAAUGCCUCACAGGGACGGCCCAAGGUCUACCGACAGACUUCGAACCCUCAAGAUCGAGAAAGUCAUCACCCCAAAGAGCACUUUCAACCCCGCAAGCCAAACCACCACCAUCACCACCCAUAUCACCAACAGCUGCCACUGCAGAAUCCGUUGUUCUUCCAGCAAAUCCGACCAAACUUCCCAGAAACAGGAAUGGGGCGCUACAACCCCCAACCGGAUUUUACCAACUAUGGACCGCAUCACAACCAUCAGGAAAGGGCUGGCCCGACUCAGUCUAAGUUUCAGGGCUACACCACGCCUCCUCGAAUGAGGCGGCAGUUCUCGGCUCCAGAUUUGAAAAACCGUGAGACGCCAGUUUGAUGCCGCCACUUUUUGGGGGGAUGGGGUGCACUUUGUAUGCUUGUGUGAGUGCGUGUGUAGACCUACUUGCUAGAGAAGAUGAGCUGAAGUGCAAAGGGAGUGGGGCAGAGAUUGCAUGUAAGGAAAAUGGGAACCCCCUUUGGUGGGCUGUGUUGUUCCUGGUGCACAUCACUGAUUCUUUGGUAAAGCUGUGGAAAUCACCAGCUAACUCAGUGUUGACCACAUUCUUCUGAAGUAAGAAAAAACUGAAAGGAAGAUUAUAGGUGCCAAGUUCUGUCAUUAUGAUUACCAUGCUUUGAUUUCCACAGACAAACUCUGGUGGUGAUGAGGAUUCAGACAUUCUGCCUAGAAUUUUCUUUUUGGAUGAGGCUCUGUAUUUCAUGUUCUUGAGCAAAGGUGUCCAACUCUGUUUGUUGAGAGCAUUACAGGUUGCUGAUUUUCAUUCCAACUAUGUUGUUAAUUGAAGGCUAACUCUAUAUCUAAACUCGGUGAAUAAGCUUAAAAUUUGGAGGGGGUGGGCAUCUGUAGGAUUUUAUUCAACCACAGUCUUUAAUGUGAUGGUGUUUCACACUUUAGCUGAAUUGCUUGCUUAAUCAGGCCUUGUUUUCCUGUUUUUCCAGGUUGUUAGGUGUUUGCUUAGUGUUUCAAUUUAAUUUCAUAAUGACGUUUCCUGACAUGAUGGGAACUCCCUUCAUGAGGUGCUACAUUCAGUGUCCUAUGUGUCUUUCACAUUUAUGCACAUUAGGUGAGGAAGUGCUGACUACCAUUGCCUGCUGAUGAUCAACAUGUCAAGUCAUGUUUAAACAGAACUCACGGAAUAGCCCACUUCACAGGAGCACUUGAAGUAGCAGAACGCAAACCCAUAGCCUAAAAUGAUCUCUGUGACAACAUCACUAGGCUAAUUUGAAACCCAAGCUCUUGAGUUCAGAAACAAACAAGAAGCAUAAUAAGAAAAAAUUUCUGAUAGAAGGAAGAAUGGCCCUCUGAUGAGUUCCUGCACAUGGGUGAUGAGAAUCAGUGCAUUCAUCAUAUGUAAUACAGGCCAAGUCUGCAUUGUAGGUUGUAUAGAGAGGCCAGCCUUCAGGUGCCAGACCUGUUUUGGAAAGUAUGAGGCUCUCCUCAGGGUGAGUGAAUUCCAUUUGUGUACACAGGCAUUUAGAAUGACUGGCAGUUGUUCAAGCCAAGCACCUUUGUCCAUCUUUACUCACCUGAUGAAAUUCUGACCUUCUGUUUAACCUCACUACACUUCAUUGGUUGAGAAUCUGGUAGACGUUCUACUUACAUUAGCUUUAUGUGAAUAAAUAACUUGCUAGUUUGUUCAAUCAUUAUUUUAUGUGAUGCUCAACAUAGAGUACACAUUCACAAGAAGCCAGAUUUCCCCUGAUUAAUUGGUGUGUCCAAAUUCGUCAUGGUCAUGUUUGAGUAGACUUUGCAGUGGACUGGUGUUCUGGCCAGAGCUUUUCCAGUACCACCUGUUGCUACAGGGUAGGCUUUAGCCCACUGUGACCUUCAGCUGGAUUAGGGACAUUCUGAGAAAACCACAUUACAUUAUAUAAAACUACCACAAUAAAAAUCCUGUAUAUAUACUAAGGUCUUUAGUCCAACAGCCCAAUAACGACCAUGCUUAGUAUAAAUAAAUCAGUGCCAAUGGCAAGGCCACUUUCACUGAUUAUUGACAUCUUAUUGGCUUAGGAAGGACAAGUCAUAGAACACAUCAAAAAUGUCAUUCACAGCUGAGGAGCUACAGUAGGUCUGUCAUCCACCACUGUGUAGACUGUCUGUCACAGCUUUACCAUAAAACUUCUUUAUUUUAUUUACCUCUGUAUUCAGUUUCAUUAUAAGACUACCUUAGAUGUGUGAAAGUGAAUAUUCUGACAUCAUGUAACAGGAACAACUGGAGCAACACUCCUUCUGACGUGUCUGCCUCCUGAUUUGACAAGCAGCAGCUCAAGGUGCCAUAGAUGUGGACAAAGAGAAACUGAUUUGUAGUGCAAAUCAAGGAUAUUAUGGGCCUGGCUGGCUAAGGCAGUGGAUUUUAAAUUCACUCUAUGAUAACCCUAUGAUAAGAGUGUAUUUCCUCUUUUACUGUUCAUAAAGAACAUAAAAACACCAUGCAGUAUGCAUAUAUAAUACACUUUGACAGAAGUAUUUUUUAAAAUUGUUCUUAACACUUAGACCAAUAAGAAGUUAUAUAGUAAGCCACCUACUGUACCAGUCAGCUUUAUUGAAUUUUAAACCAAAAAACUGGCAGUUCAUACCUUAGCUCACCUACAUGUAUUCGCAGUUUAAUUCCUACCUUAGCUCACCUACAUGUAUUCCCUGGUUAUAAAUAUUAUGCUAAUAAACUGUAGUCUAUUUUAAGUCAUCUUGGGUAAAGUCAAGUUUUAUUUGUUACAUACAAAUAAACACACAUUGUAAAUUGUAGUGAACUGCUUAGUUACGACAAGAAAUAUACUUAUUAUAACAAACCACAACCCCCAGAAUAAACACAAGAACGUUUGGCUUGGAUAAUAAGAGAGCUGCUGUCUCCUGAUAAUGUGCUUGUAGAUGGUAGUAAGAUGUAGUCGGAUCUGCCGAGUGAUGCCACAGCUUUAAGGCAUUAACCAUUUGGAUUGAGCAGGUCCAGCUGCUUGUGUAUGCAAAUAGAGCAUACUGACAGAAGUUUGUUUCUGCCAAAGUUCCGUGGUUGAAGUCCCCAGCAUUCUAAGCUAAGAAUGAUUCAUUCAUUAUAGUGUUGGUAAAGCGUUUCUAUUGCUAAGUUAAGUUGCAUCGUCCUGAUUAAUGUUUAUUAUCUCCUUAGGCAGUAACGUGGAUGAAUUCAGUCAGCGUUUCAAUGUCUGGAUUACACAUUUUAGUUUUAAUUAUAAUAUACUUGCAUAUUUACCGUAAUUCAUUCACAGAAAUCUCCAGUCCUUCCUAUCUUUUCCACUAUAUAUGAUUGUAUCAGAUCAAACCAAUCAAGCUUUAAAACAGCCUAUGAAGUAAGACGUUUAAGCCAGUUCUACUAAAAUUCCAUAGUACCUGAACUCAUUGUGACUCACCAAGUUCAUCCAAAGGGAUGGGAGGAAUACUUCAUUGACACAUGUGUGGAAUCACCACAGCACCAUGAAGUAGAUGACUGAGUUAGAACUGUUGAUUACACUUCUUAAAUACAUAGUUAUUAAUUACAACAGUAUAUGAUUAGUGGGCAUUUUUCAUGUCCUUGCAAGUUACUGAUAAACAGACCCUUGGAGUCAGAAUUCUGCUCCACUUGAUAAUAUUGGUUCUUUUAUCAAUACCUAACCUUGUGCAAAAGUAACAGUGGGACUGGGUUACAGAUCAAUAGGCUUUAAUUAAAAUGCUUUCUAAGAGUGCUAAGGGCAAAAGUAAUCAGUUAAUAAGAAGGUUACUCAAAUUCAAUAUAUAUAAUAUAUAAUCAAAAAAUGAAUCAUAUUUAACAGUAAAAACCCAAUUGAACAAAUCAUUUCCACCUUACGUUCAUCCCCACUCUGCUCACGUCAUCCUUUCCAUCUUUGGACAAGCUGCUCCAUUGAUAAGGUGAUAACCCCCUAAGCGGUUGUGAACGCGGUGCUAUAUCCCACUUAACAUUCCCUACAGUCUCCCUCAGAUGUUAGAUGUAAGGUAGCCUUCAGAUCCUCUACGCUUACCAUCGGAAGUUUACAGCUCGUCCAGAAGGCAGUGGAGAUGGGCCAACACCUAGAUCUGAGUUUGAAAUAACAGCAGCUCAUCUUCAGUUUAAAAAUCCAUUUAAAAAUUGAUAGUAACAAACCAGAGGUGAAAUCUUAACAUUAAUGAGAUUAGAAAAUGUGUUUUAUCAAAAAAAAGGAGAGAGUUUCUAUGAAGGCAGCUGCCUGCACGGUGCCCAGAAUACUAAUUAUUCCUAUUAAUAUUACAUAAGGGCUAAAUAAAAGAUUAAUCUUUUAUAUACUGUGUUAUCAUUAGUCCUUUUUAAAGUAUCUUUCAUCAAGCACACCAUCAGAAUGUACCUUUUUCAAAACAUUCAAGAUAAAUGACUGAGAAAUUCCAAGAAAAGCCUAAGCAAGUGGUCACAAAUCAAAGUGACAUGAAAAAUUCUUAGUGUUGCAUUAUUCAAGAGGAUAUGUGAAUUCCACUAAGAAAAGAUAAAAGUAGGGACUUCAUUUUGUGUUUCUGACAAAGGGCUGCCACUUAACAUGUCACUGUCAUGUUUAUAUAGCAUCCUUUAUAUUAUUUGCAGGCUUUAGACCAGCAAAUGCAAAACUAUCAACCAAGUUUAAAAAAUACAAAAAUCUGAGCUGGCACUUAAUUUGUCCAGUUCUGGUUUACAGGGAGCUGGAGAUCCACAGGUAGAACCUUGCAGAGGUGCCAGUCCAUCACAGCUGCCUACAAUCAGCAGAAUGAGUUUGCCAUCACCCCCCAAAUUGUUUAUUAUUAACCCACACCAUGACUUUAGAACACAACGUGAAGGAUUUGUAAGUUGGAUGAGCUUGGGUGAGCGAUUUCACUUGCUUUUCCUGUCCUGAACAGAUCCUGGCACUUGAAAGCUUUGCCUCUGCUCCGACUUGGUUCUGUUUUCAAGAGUAAGAUAGAUGAAGACUUAGAAAGGGACAGAAAGAAUGGAGUGGUAUUGUAAGAAAGUGAUGGGUAAGAUGGCUCCAGGAAGUGCCAUGGAAUGGUUUUGUGGAAGUAAAGUUGAAGGUAAGUGGAGUGGAAUGGAGUUAUGGUGGUACUGAACUCUACUGAAUGACAGUUUUUUGAUUCAAGAUGGAUUUGCUAGCACUGUGCCCAGGCCUCUUGUCGGUGUACAGUUGACACAUGCACAUUAAACUUAGUGGGGUUGAUUCUAAUCGGCAGUUAGGUUAUUCCAAGACCUUAGACUUUUCAUUGUGCAUAGAUGCCACGUUUGGUAUUAUAGCUAAUCUUCUACAAGUGCUCUGAGUCACCUUAGUAUCAGAGUCCGCAGUAUCAAAAUGAACUGUGAUGUUCAAGACAUCCUUGUAUGAAGUAGCUCUCAUGGUUAACAAUUCUGCUUAUGACAAAGCUACUUGGUGGGGUGUCCACUGUGUUUGAGGAUGGCUCUGAGUGAUUCAGACCUUUAAGGGUGAGAUCUGAAGUAUCAUAUUAAAGCAUUAUGCAACUAUCAAGUGUGGCAACUUUAAACAUUUUGAGGUUCUCCACACUCCUCGUCUUGACUUACAUAGUGUCUCGAUCAGAGCUGCACUGGUUUUUGCCGGUGGUUGAUGGGUUUCAGACAUGUUGGAUAUCCUCCCUAUCAAUAGUUAAGCUAUUUUGGGUUGGGAUCUGCCAUUUUAGUGACGUUUUAUUCAUGUCUCACUGUUAUGCCACUUGGUGACAAACAGGUAGAGUGGGAAUUAGUUCAGUUUGAGUUUCUCCCUGCAGCAGGGAGAGCUCGCUCUGUCUCUCUUUCUCUCUCUGUCCACAUGGCUUAUUUCUCCAAAGAAUCUUUCAAGUCGGAUGGAGUGGAUUGCCACAUGUGGGUAUGUGUAUGUGAGUGUGUGUGAGCAUGUGAUUGGUUUAUUUACACAUGUGCUGGCACGCCUGAUCCCACUAAACCGCCUUGUGACAAAAGAAGCUGCUAAUGAAGACUUUUUCUAUUUUCUCCACAAGGCGUAGUGGGUAGCCGACUUGCACUAGAAGUCUGCUGAUGUUGGUGUUGUGGUACCAAGUGCUGGCCAGGGACAUGCAGCAUAACUUCCAAGAUGCUGGGAUGGCCACCUUGUGGGCCUGAAGUGAUUGACUUGAUCAUCUUCCUUAUUGGGGGGUAUAUUUUAACUGCUAGAAAACUGUGGGCAAUUCAACAAAAAAGUCCAACCCUAAUUUGUAGGGGACUCCUUGCCAGCGGAGGUCCUCUAAAGCAGCCAUGUGCAGUGUUGAAGGAUGGAGAAAGCUUACAGGAGGUUGUCUUUAAAAUGGUUAGUACACUACCAAAGGAGCUUUGUAGCACUCGUAGAUUUUAGGAGAAUCACGUCGCUUCUGGCGCUUUCACUAUUAACGGAAUCUUGCUCCACUUUCAUAUGUGCUGCUUUUGACCAGUGAGUGCCCAGUUCCACUUGGUCAUGUGUGUUUUCUUUUUUUCCUUUUUCUUUAUAGAUGUAGUGUUUUAAAUGGAUUAAUAAUUUGUUUUUGUUUCAGUGGUUUAAAUUAACUCUUUUUUCCAUACAAAAGCAUAUUCUGAACACUUUUUUUAAAUUUACAAGGCUCCAAAUUGGUUUUUAUCCUAUUAGUUAUAUCUGCACAAUUAUUAUAUAUAUGUAGUUUAUUUGUUUGGAAAAAAAUGUAUUAAAAAGAUCCUUGUUAGUAACAUGUUUUCUAGGCUUUAGAGUAUCAGAGAGGAGGCUUUUGAUGGCGUGUAUGUUUUUGUAACAGUACCACUUUUGUUUCUCCCAUAAAUAACUGGUGUGGGAAGGCAGUGGACAGCCACUGGUAAAUCUUAAAACAAAAAUCUAUUUUUAUAUACAGUAGUAGCUUUUCUGCAAAGGCUAUCAAAGGUCAGCAUGAUGCUAGAAGGGUUCUCUCCAUUGUACAUCAGACAGAGGAACCAAGAGUAAUCAAAUUGUACAGAAAAGAGCGAGCCUUGGCAUCUGUGGGGAGUAAGACAAGCUGGUGGCAGUGAGGCUCGCCAUCUGCCUGAUGCAUUUUCAUUUGGGGCAUGUUGGGGGCAGCACGGUGGCCAGGUGGUUAGUGCUCCUCUUAAAUUAACCAGACAGUCCUAAAUGCAAACAUUUGAGGCGGGUAGUGAGCCUUGUUGUUGCUGACCUUUGUUGCUCCACACGUUUGGUGAGGAUUAUGAGACCUUUGUGGAGUCUGCAUGUUCUACCUGUGUUCCCCUUUGUUUUCACUUAACCUUACAAGUUUAACUGGCCUGGGCUGAGGGUCUGGCCUGGCAGACAUGAGCAUCCCGUCCAGGGCUGGUGUCUGCUUUACACCUCAUAUUGCUGCUAAGACAUGCUGUAGCCCCUGGGCCCCACCAGAGCCUCAUAUUUGGUUUAUGAAUGGCGUCUAAAAACAUAAUUAUUAUUUUGUGUACACUUUUGUGUUUUUUAUUUUCUUCGUCAUAGGGUUGAGGAGUUAUAUCUGAAAUGGUGUUUAUUUCUCUCUCUCUCUUUUUUUUUUUUUGGAGCAUGCAUUUCUUUUCUUUUUUCUAACAGUCUUUGCUAAUGUUUACUUUUGCUGGUUGAUUGUAUUGUUGUAUUUGUGUUCCUGUAAGAAGAUUUGAAUUGGAUUAAGGAGAAAGAGAGGUUUUGUUUGGAAAGAAAUAAAGCGACAUGCAGACUUCCAGGAGAGAGUGAGUCUGUACAGACGCCAGGCUACAGAGCAGAAGCUCAACAGUGUCCUUUCAGACCAAUAAAGCUUGGUGAAAUCCUA